AUGGUUGCCAUCUUGAGUUGGGCUCUGUUUUGUUUUCUAAUCUUGAAUUGCAAAGGAGAUGACUUGAGCUUGAUUUCGUUGAAUUCAAAUUGUCAGUUGAUGGAAAAAUGUAACGCAACGGAUGUUGUUGGGUAUGUUUACAGUUUAUCAGUUUAUUUACUAGCUCAACUAUCAAAUAUUUUAAAAAAAGAUAUUUUUUUUGAAAAAAAAAUUUUUAGCUAAAAAAAUUUUUUUGGAUUUUAAAAUGUUUAAGGUAACCUUGGUAUUUUAGACCGUGCAGUCAAGCCAGAAUUGUUUUUGUUGAUGGUAUUACGUUUCUUGUGAUGAAGGUGAAAGAUUCCUUUACUCUCGACUAUGCUACCGUUACUUUGAUCAGUUAUAUUGGUGAAGCUGUGAAGAAUAGGCCAUUGAAUGUCACCUUCAGAAGCCAUGACUUUCGACCGGGUAAGUGGGAUAGAGUCAGAUAGUGUAAAAUCGUCAAACUUUUUUUUACUUAAAUUUUUUUUAUUUUGAAAAAUCAUUAUCAUCUACCCUAAUUCUACUAUUCUCGUUUGUCAUAUUAGGCUGAACCAAAGGUAGCGCGACACACUCUAUUUAUAGUUCAACUGCAAAGUGUCCCGCUACUUUUGGUUCAAUUUAUUAGUGGCGCGGGGUAAGGUAGAGUAGGGUAAAGUAAGGCGUGAAAAAAAUGAAUUUAGCAAUUUCACAUGCUUAUUAGUCAUAGAAAAUGCAUUUAGAUUAAUUUUUAAAAAUAUUGAAAAAAAUUUUUUUUUGAUUUUUAAAAAAAAUUUCACAGGGGGACCCUGUUAACUAAAAUAAAUUUUUGUCCAUUUCUUACAUUUUAAUUUUUUAAAAGUUUUUAAUAAAUAUAAUAUUUUAGUACUAUAAAAUUCAUAUUUUCAGUACUAAAAGACCACUGCCAUUUCACCCCCACCACCUUCAACGCCUUCAUCGACAAGGAGGUGUUAUACAUGACAGCCAUUUGUGGUGAUCAUCUAGCCUUCAUUCGUACCGCAAUGUACAGAACUCGCUCCCUAUACACACCGACCGUCAACCUCCUCUACACCAAUAUGGAAGUAGCCAAGACGGUAUCAUUCAUUGGAGAGACGUCGUAUGUAAAAGUUCCCAAUACAGGUAACGAUGCAGAAUCACAGAUCUUCGAAUCAAAUGGCGCAGAAGUCAUGGUGCAAAGACGAUCGCUUCAGAAUGUGAAUACGACCGUGCCGGCAUACAUGACUGACACUCUAUUUGAGUUAUUCUAUGUUUGUGGAUUUGUUAGAGAUGACUCCAAACUUUUGGUCUGCGUGCAUGUGGAUGACAAUGUCAAUGUGUACACACAAAAGGUUGACAAUACAACAAAUCCAAUGACAAAAUUAGGUAAGGAGUUAUAUAUGUUAGGGUAGGAUAGGGGUACUGUAUAGUUUAGGAUAAGUUAGGGUUGGGUAGAGUGCGUUAGGGAAGGGUAGGGUAGAAUAGCGUUGGGUACAGUCAAGUAGGGUACGGUAGAGUAGGGUAAGGUGGGGUAGGGUAGGGCAGAAUAAACUAGAACUAGGUAAGGUAGAGUGGAGUAAGGCGGGGUAGAUUAGAAUAGGGUAAAAUGAAGUAGAGUAGGGCGGAUUACGGUAAAGGAAGAUGCGAUAAAGUAACGUACAGUACAGUAGGGUAGGGUAGGCUUGAGUAGAGUACGGUAGAGAAGGGUAAGUUGAUGUAGAGUAGGGUAGGGUACGGUAGGCUAGAGUAGACUAGAGUAGAGUAGAGUACGGUAGAAAAGGGAAAGGUGAUGUAGGUUAUGGUAAAGUAGGGUAGGGUAGGGUACAUUUUUAAAAUUUUUAUUGAAUUUUAGAUGUUAAUGUCAGUAGAAACUGUACUUACUUUACUUAUGUUGGCGAUUUGCUUCCGUAUGUUUUUCCGAUGGACUUUAUAUGGCUUGAUCACUACCUUGUUAAUGAUGCAAGUCAAAAUGUAAGGGUUUUUUUGAUUUUUAAAAAGUUUAGGAGACUAGAAAGAAAAACUACAUGUAUUAUAGCUAUAGUAAUGUAAAUCUAAUAAACAUUUUUCAGCGUAACAACGAAAAGAUUUUUGAAGCGGCCAAGGUUUGUAUGGACACUACGAGAAUGUGAGCUUUUACUAUUCUUUUCAAUGUUUUUUCUUUUCUCUGUUGUGUCUGAUAAUAAUAAUAAGACUACUUCUACUCUUACCCAUACCCCUUUCAGAAAAACCAAGAUUAUAAGAAUAUUUGCAACGGUGAUUGUGGCAGAGCUGGUCAUCAUCAUUAUCAGUGUUACCGUCUUUUCAGCUUGUGUCGAUAAGAAGAAAAGGUCGGAAUUGAAGAAAGGUAAGUUUAAAUUAGGAGUUAAUGUAAACUAGGGUAGGUUAAGGUAAGGUAUAAUAGGGUAGGUUAAGGUAGAAUAGAAUAGGGUAGAUUAAGGUAGAUAAAACAAGGCAGGUUAAGGUAGAUAGAAUAGGGUAGGUUAAAGUAGGAUAGAAUAGGGUUGGGCAAGUUAGAACAGAGUGGGGCAAGGUGCGUUAGUAUAUGAUAGGACAAGGCAGGGUAGGGUAAACUAAGAUAUAAUCCGGUAGGAUAAAAUGUCUUGGUGUAUGAUUGUUUUUGACUAAUAUGUAUUUGUCUCAUUUUAGGUAACAAGAAUGAUUGA